AAGGCUUGCACGCAUUAUUGGAUUGUUCUUGUGUACGGAGGUUGAUUUUGUUACUAGACUGUCUGGUUUUCGCUUUGUUAGUUAUUUGCAUUAAAAAAUAAACGUUGGUCAAUACCCUAUCUUUUACGAGAAAAAUAAACAUGGCAGAAAAGGUUUAUCAAUGCACUGUAAGUGCUCCGGUUAAUAUUGCAGUCAUCAAAUACUGGGGAAAACGCGAUGUUGGGUUGAACUUACCUACAAACAGUUCAUUAAGUGUAACUUUAUCGCAAGACGAUUUACGAACAGUUACGACUGCUAGCUGCAGCAAAUCUUUUGAAAAAGACACUUUAUGGUUGAACGGGCAUGUGGAGGAUAUUUCCACCAGCAAACGACUUUCUGUUUGCGUAGAGGAAUUGCGUAGUGCUCGUCAAGGAUUGGAAAAAGAGGAUGACUCCUUGGAUAAAAUCAGCCAACUGAAACUACAUGUUGUCUCCAAGAAUAAUUUCCCCACUGCUGCUGGUUUGGCUUCCUCGGCUGCUGGGUAUGCUGCUUUUACUGAAGCCGUUGCCCGUUUAUACGGUUUACCCUGGACUCCUACUCAGCUAUCCAGAAUCGCUAGGCAAGGUUCCGGUAGUGCUUGUCGUAGCUUAUUUGGUGGCUAUGUUGCAUGGGAGAUGGGUGAAUUGCAUAGUGGAGCGGACAGUGUUGCUGUGCAGGUUGAGCCCGUCGAACAUUGGCCUGAAAUGCGUGUCGCUAUUAUGGUUGCUUCUGCUGCAAAGAAGGGUGUCUCUUCUACUUCAGGUAUGCAAUCAACUGUUGCUUCCUCUACCUUAUUCCAAAAACGCGUGAAAAAUAUUGUUCCUGAGCGUAUGCAAGCCAUGAAACAAGCUAUCCGUAAGCAUGAUUUUGAAACGUUUGCCAAACUUACGAUGACCGACUCAAAUCAAUUUCACGCAUGUUGUCUUGAUACUUUCCCUCCUAUUUUCUAUCUGAACGAUACCUCUAGAGCUAUCAUUCGUGUCGUCGAAAACAUCAAUGCUGCUGCCGGAAAAACAGUUGCUGCUUAUACUUUUGAUGCAGGUCCAAAUGCAGUGGUAUACUUCUUGGAAGAAAACUCGGCUUAUGUCUUGGAUACUUUGUAUGCUGUUUCAAGGAACGCACAAGGUUGGGAGGAUAGCGAAAGAAACCCUACCUCUGUGAAGAUCGACGACGUUGCAUCCGAAACUGUACUAUCUGGUGUGAGCCGAGUGAUUCUCACCAAAGUUGGAGAUGGCCCUCGUCUUUUGUCUUCUGAGGAGUCUUUAAUAAACGAAGAUGGAACACUUAAAGAUGCUUAAUUAUCUCGACUAAUUUGAACCCACUUUUACGGUUUCAACGCUAUGGUAUGCAAUGCUUAAGCUAAACGAAACGAUCAGUAUGGACAUAGAUUACCGAAAGCAAGGAAAGGCUACUUUAAUGUUCUCAUCAUUUUAAUACUACCUUUUACUUUAUACAAGUAAUACAAUACUUUCGUUACCUGCUUUACUUUACCAAAUGAAGAACCAACGAGUCAAGUCAAGCUUAAGCUCGUCUUUAGUAAAUAAAAGAUAGAACGUAAAAAGAUUUAAUUCCUUAAACAAGAAAAUGUAUAUCACGAAGACUUGCUAAUUAUACGCAUUGAUUCACAAAGAAUCGAAUAAGACUCUCGUUUAUGCCGCAUUACGGUUAUGCUA